AUGGUUGAACAUAAGAUGAAACAAUUGCCGACAUUUAGUGGUAAAGAUAAUGAAAAGGACCAACAGUUACCCUAUUUUCACCAAGCAUCACCUCAUAGUCAACAACUUCGUGAAGUUAAAUCAAAUCAAUCAUCUACUUCAACUGAAAUUCAUAACACUAUAAAGGCGUUACUGAAUCAUUUACCUCAAGCAGAACAAGACGAAGUAUACCCAAUGUUAUUAAAACAUCAAUCAUUAUUUGAUUUAAGAAAACAAAGGAUAGCAAAUACACAGAUUCAACAUGCCAUCCGUACAGGCGAUCAUUCGCCAAUUAGUUCACGUCCCUUUCCAAGAACUCUCCAUCAACAACAAACGUUAUCAGAACAUAUCCAACAAAUGGAAAAAGACCACCUCAUUAGACGUUCAACAUCACCAUGGGCAUCUCCAGUGGUGUUAGUGAAAAAACCCGAUGGAUCAACCAGGUUUUGUGUAGAUUACAGAAAAAUCAAUCAUAUAACCCAAAAAGAUGCUUAUCCUUUACCACAUAUAGGUGAAACAAUUAAUCGGCUGGGUGGUCACAAAUAUUUCUCGAAAUUAGACCUUAAGUCUGGCCAUUUUCAAAUCCCAAUUCGUGAGGAGGAUAAAGAAAAAACAGCUUUUAUCAUUCAAGAUGGUUAUUGA